UUAGGCUGCGCGCCCAAUUUUCGUGUUUUGCUUUGUGUUAUGCUAAACUGUUGUAAAUUAAUUUGAACUGUUGACAAAAAUGCAGUGUCCGGAGAGCCCUGUAUAUAAUACAAGCGUAGAGCAGAAGCGACAUGCUCAAAGUGUAGCCAGGCAGCAGCGUUUGGGUACACCCAAGUUGCGCGAUUUACUGCGUGAGAAAUGUCGCAUACGUAUAAUAAAUGCACGCAAGCAUAGUGCGGAUGGCAAUCGCCAAGUGCAGCUGUCGGAGCUAAAUGAAAUCUUGCGCCAAGAGCUAAAAGAUAUGGAUAAAGACUUGGAGUUGGAAGCACACAUCUUUGAGGAGCUGCUGGCUGACAUAAACGAAUGGUAUGCGUUGCAGGAGCAGCAUGUGGAGACCCUUUACACAGAGUCCGGCGAGGCCGAGCCGCUGCUGUGUCCUGUUUGCUUGAUUCAACCAUUACAGCGUCUCAAAGCUAAGGCGUUAUAUACAUGCGCCUGUGGCAUACAGUUUGAACACGCAGCGGAGCAGGAGCAGCUAAAGCAGCUGCUGCAACUGCGUGUCAAUGAGCACGAACUAAAAUGCACACAGGCCUUGGGAUUCUUUAUAGAAACGUUGCCUGCGUCAAAGCGUCUGUUUGCCAUUUGUGGCUGCUGUGAUUAUCUCAGCCUGCUAUGCAAGCAAAGCAUUUAA